CCCUCACCAUAUUCACGGCCCUCAGCUGUGUGUUGGGAAAUAACUCACCACCGACCUCCUUGCUCAAUAUGAGCACAUUGUUGUGACUCCAUUUUCUGAUCAGUUCCUCAUUGCCGGUAUCGGUCCUCCCCUAUUUCCUUGAAGAGAGAACGGCGAUGGAGAGUUUGGAGCAAAGACAGCAGGUAAACCCAAUUUGAUUUCUCUCUAAGCCAAUACCCUAAAUCUUAGUGAGAGAAGAGUGAAAAUUUCAGAGAUAGAUAAGGAAGAAAGAAUUAAAUUCAAAUUCAAACCCAAAUCUUAGAGAGAGAGGCGGCGGUGCUAGCGACUGUUAGAGUCGCGAUUCCGGCGGCGGCAGCCAAUGAACGGCGGUGAUGCGUGGCAAGAAGCGGCGCCGGAGCGGCUGUUCAAAGUCCUCGACGUUUUCGAAACGGUUAGGGAUUUGAGUUCUUAACGAACGGUUAGGGACUGACUACGUUCCAGACCCUUGUUUGUUGGUCUACCUCUUUUUUCUUUUCUUUUCUUUUCUUUUGUAUUCUAUUUUUUUCUUCUUCUUUGUACCUUGAUUUGUUGAUAUGAUGUUGGUAUUUGGGUGUUUGAUGAAUUGAUGUUAUAAAUUGGGUUGGACUCUGUUGAGAGAGGGAGAAGAGAAAGAGAGGUGAGUUUGUUUGGGGUCAAUUAUGCCUACUGCUAGGAAGGUUUAUGGGCUUUACCGAGAGGGCACUAACUGGUAUGUUCUCUCUCUAAAGUUUCUUUAAUGCUCUUUGAUUCAAUUUUAUAUCAUAUUAUAUAUUAAUUUCAUGUCUUAGUAUGUUUAUUGAAUUUUAUUAAUUAACUUACCACGAUGAGCAACUGUGAAGAUGGUGUUGAAGGUGCUGUCCACCGGUGGGUCUCUGAUAACAGGGGUGGUCUCUGUUUUGUCCGCCUUUGAUGAAGAUGGUGGUGUGUGGAUUAUCCGCACGCGACCCCUAAAUUAAUUGCACAUUUUCCAUGCUGGCACAACAUCUGCUUUGGGAGUAUAUUUACUUUAGUCGUGUAAAAAGUGGGAAAGGAAGACUUUGAGGACUUCUGAUUUCGAUUUGCUCUUGUUUGCCCUCGGCCAACCCAAAAACUAUCUAUGGCUUUCUGAAUUAAUAUCGAAUAAAAAACAGAGAAACACCCCCAUGAUGUGAAACAUGAGUGAAUCAUCAAAGAAUUAUGGCUGUACCAUAAUUCUUUUCUUAUAUUCUAUUUUUUCCAUGUUGACGGUAAUCUUUGAUGCAGUAGAAUUAGACACCAUAACUACAACUCAAUCUCUUACUGAUGGGCAGACCAUGGUCUCUUCAAAUAGAACAUUUGAACUGGGAUUUUUCAGCCCCUCAGGUAGUAGUUCUGGGAAUCGAUACUUGGGAAUAUGGUACAAGAAAAUAUCUGAUGGGACUGUGGUAUGGGUUGCCAACGGAGAUUCUCCACUUACUGAUACAUCAGGAGGAGGUGUCUUAAAGCUCAGUAAUGGAGGAAUUCUCGUGCUUGUCAAUAGUGCAAGCAACAUCUUCUGGUCUUCUUCAAAUUCAUCAUCAAAUAACAACAAAGUGAACCCAGUUGCACAGCUUUUGGAUUCGGGUAAUCUUGUUGUCAGAGAUUCAAAUGAUGAGAAUUUCCUAUGGCAGAGUUUUGAUUAUCCAUGUGACACUUUGUUGCCAGGCAUGAAGCUUGGAAAGAACCUAGUAACCGGAAUUGAUCGGCGUCUAUGGUCAGGGAAGUCCAGUGAUGACCCUUCUAAGGGUGAGUAUUCUCAUGGACUUGAUCUUCGUGGGUUCCCAGAAUUAGUUCUCCGGAAAGGUUCAGUUGAGCAAUACCGUUCUGGUCCAUGGAAUGGUGUCUCCUCUAGUGGGUCAGUGGGUUUAAAACCAAAUAGCAUCUACACAUACCAUUUUGUUAUUAAUCAGCAGGAGGUGUAUUAUGAAUAUAUGCUUAUUAAUAGCUCAGUUUUCUCAUGGUCGGUUUUGAAUCAGAAUGGAAUUAUACAACGCUUCAUAUGGAAUUAUAAAACACAGGAUUGGACAGUUUACGGGAAUACACCAGCAGAUAACUGUGAUUUUUAUGUGCUGUGUCAGGCCUAUGGUAGCUGCAGCAUUGGUAACUCCCCAGUCUGUGGGUGUCUUGAUAAAUUUAUACCAAGAUACCCAAAAGAUUGGGACACAGCAGAUUGGUCAGGUGGGUGUGUUCGAAGAACGCCCUUGGAUUGCCACAAUGGAUCAUCAAAUGGAUUUCUCAAGUAUUCCGGUGUUAAAUUGCCUGGCACGCGGUAUUCCUGGUUUAAUAGGAGCAUGACACUAAAGGAAUGCGAGACGGUAUGCUUGAGAAACUGUUCUUGUAUGGCUUAUGCCAAUUUAGACAUAAGAGGAGGAGGAAGUGGCUGCUUGCUCUGGUUUGAUGACCUGAUUGAUAUUAGGGAAAUCCCUGAAAGUGGGCAAGAUAUUUACAUAAGAAUGGCCUCCUCUGAGUUAGAGAGUCCAGAGACGCAUAGCAGCGCCCAUGUAAAGGGACGAUUGAAGAUUAUAGUCCUUCCUAUAUUACUUACAGCAUUGGUACUCCUAGGCCUAUUCCUUCUCUUGUAUUUCUUAAGGAGGAGGAAGCUGAAGAGAGAAGGUAUGGAAACUAAGAAUGAAGACAUCGAGUUUCCAUUUUUUGAUCUGGACGCUAUUGCAAAUGCCACUAAGAACUUCUCUUCCACAAAUAUGAUCGGAGAGGGUGGUUUUGGUCCUGUUUACAAGGGUAAGCUAAAAACGGGACAAGAAAUAGCAGUCAAGAGGCUUUCAAAUAAUUCUAGACAAGGUCUACAAGAGUUCAAAAAUGAAGUUAUGUUGAUAUCCAAACUUCAUCACCGGAAUCUUGUUAGGCUAUUGGGUUGUUGCGUUGAAGGAGAAGAGAGGAUGCUAAUAUAUGAGUACAUGCCGAACAAAAGCUUGGACUAUUUUAUUUUUGAUCAGAAAUAGAAAACUAGAAAUUCCAUGGCAAAAGCGAUUUGAAAUUGCUAUGGGAAUAUCAAGGGGACUUCUCUACCUUCACCAGGACUCAAGAUUAAGAAUCAUUCAUAGGGAUCUCAAAGCCAGCAACAUUUUACUAGAUGAUGAACUAAGCCCCAAAAUUUCCGACUUUGGGAUAGCAAGAAGUUUUGGGAGAGAUCAAAUUGAAGACAAAACAAAGCGAGUAAUCGGAACAUGUUUAGGUGUGCUUUUACUGGAGAUAGUGAGUGGCGAGAAGAAUAGGAAAUUUCAUCAUCCUGAUCACUAUCAUUCGCUUUUGGGACAUUUAUGGCUUGGUUGCUAUGGAAUGAUCACAGAGCCCUGGAACUAGUGGAUUCAUGUUUGAAAAAUUCAUACAUUGAAUCUCAAGUACAAAGAUGUAUUCAAGUGGGACUACUGUGUGUUCAAAAACUGCCAAAAGACAGACCUUCCAUGUCAUCAGUAGUUUUCAUGUUGUGUAAUGAGGGAGUGGCAUUGCCUGAACCCAAACAGCCUGGUUUCUUUGUUGAUAGAAGUUCCAUGGAUGCAGAGACAUCAACAGGUGAGAGCAGUCAUACUGGAAAUUCCUUGACAAUAACAAUAAUGGAAGCCAGAUAGAAGUAGCACCUUUUUCAUACUGUUGUAGUGAUGGAGUUUAUGCAUAUCAAGAAAAAAUGAAGAAGAUUGUAAUGUAUAUUCAUGGAUUGUUUUAUUUUUUAAAUCAAUUUUCUUGAUAAGUUAGCUUUGACUGCUAUUCACCCAUUGUAAAGAAUUGGACAAUGAGAAGUGGUUGGGGUUAACAUAUCCUCACAUUAUGUUGACUAUUCUUUUUC